AUGUCGACGAGGGCGAGCACUCACCAAGAACCAGCAGAGAACGAAGCUAGUGGUUCUGACAACAACAACAAAUUCAACUCGGCGAUGAGAAAGCCCAUGUUCGAGAAAAAGCUAACACCAAGCGACGUCGGGAAACUAAACCGGCUCGUGAUUCCAAAGCAAUAUGCAGAGAACUACUUUCCAUUAGAGGACAAUCAAACCGGCACACUGUUGGAUUUCCAAGACAGAAACGGCAAGAUGUGGAGGUUUCGUUACUCGUAUUGGAACAGUAGCCAGAGCUACGUGAUGACCAAAGGAUGGAGCCGUUUCAUCAAAGAGAAAAAACUCGACGCUGGAGACGCCGUCUCGUUCCACCGUGGCUACGUCCCUGAUGAAAACGAACCGGAGAACCGAAGGGAAAUAUUGUUCAUCGACUGGAGGCAUUUACCAAACACAAACCUCGUACAUAACAUUAAUCAUCAUCAUUACCCGAUCUUCGGGCCUCCUCCUUAUCCAACGGCUAGUUAUUAUCCUGUGACGGAAUAUUCCAUGCUGCGUUACGGGAGGUUAUCACCUUUUUAUCAUAACAAGUUUCAAGAAAGGGAGCUUUUAGGGUACGGUUAUGGACCUUAUGGUAGAACUGUUACUGGUGGGGGUUACUACGCGGGAUCACGGUUGGAUCAUCAUCAUCAUCAGUGGAAUCCUGGUAGAUCUGAGCCGUUCGUUUAUGACUCCAAUCCUGGUUUUCCACCGACGAGGGUGACUUCCUCCUCGGCCAUGUUUCCGCCUUCUCAUCCUUCUCAGCCGCCGCAGGAAGGGACAGCGAAGAAGCUAAGGCUGUUUGGGUUCGAUUUGGAGGAGUCUUCUUCUUCAGGGGAGGCACGUGGCGAAAUGGACUUUGCUGGGUACUCUUCAUCUUCUCCGGUUGUGAUUAGAGAUGAUGAAUCAUCAUGGAAAUCGCCCCGUGGCGAAAUGGGUGGAUCGUCUUCUUCCGUUGUGCAGCUAAGCGAUGAUGAAGAAUAUAAAAGGAAAGGGAAGUCCUUAGAAUUUUAG